UGUCGCCGCCCAUAGCGCACGAUAUCGACUUUGACCGGGGUCCAAGCUCCAGCUAUCGACAAUAUCUUGACAGACAGCACUCGAUACCAACGCUACAGCGGAACGCCAUGACGUCCAUGAACUUUGUGACAUUCAACCAGGACCACAGCCAUCUUGGCGUCGGUACCACCAACGGCUACCGCGUAUACACAACCGACCCAUUCAACAAACAGUCUGAGUCCCGUGAGGGCGAUGUCUCCAGCCUCGAAAUGCUUUUCUCGACCUCUCUGGUUGCUCUCACACUGUCACCACGAGUUCUACGCAUACAAAACACCAAGAGACACUCCACUAUCUGCGAGAUGACCUUCCGUACAGCGAUUCUUGCAAUGCGUCUGAAUAGGAAACGACUGGUGGUAGUGCUGGAAUCAGAGCUUUACAUCUACGACAUCAGUAACAUGCAGAUGCUGAAAACCGAGAAGACAUCACCGAACCCUAAUGCCAUAUGUGCCCUAUCCGCAUCCUCGGAGAACAACUACCUCGUAUACCCUCUUCCUACAAAAGCCGCGCCGGCAACCUUUCAACCGCCCUCGCAUGCGCCGCCCAAGUCAGACCAUGUUGCGCCCACCAGCGGCGAGGUCCUCAUAUACGAUGCUACAAAGAUGGAAGCAGUCAACGUAAUAGAGGCACACAAUUCUCCUCUGUCAUGUAUUGCGCUCAACAACGAUGGAACUUUAUUGGCGACAGCUUCCGAGAAGGGUACCAUCAUCCGUGUCUUCUCCAUUCCAGAUGCGCAGAAGCUUUACCAGUUCAGGAGAGGAUCUAUUCCAGCCAGGAUAUACAGCAUGUCGUUCAACUCGACCUCCACACUGCUCAGCGUCUCAUCAGCAACAGAGACAGUUCACAUCUUCCGCCUCGGCACACCAAAUACAAGCCGCAGCAACAGCGUGUCUUCCGGGACCAACAGACCUUUGUCGGGCGCUCGCGGGCGCAGUAGCAGUCGUGCAAGUGAAGAAGUACCAGACGAGUUUGGUGACAGUAUUGGAGAUAUCGCAACUCCAGAGCGCAAGUCGUUGAACCCUACCUUUGGUAGCCUGAUACGGCGAACAUCACAGACGGUUGGAAAGUCGUUCGCUGCGACUGUUGGUGGCUACCUACCAAGCGCAGUGGCCGAGAUCUGGGAGCCAUCGCGUGACUUUGCAUGGGUGAAGGUGCCCAAGUCGCCUAACAGCGCCUCUGCUGGGCCUAUCAGGACUGUGGUCGCACUCAGCAACAAUGGACCGCAGAUCAUGGUAGUGACCAGCGAAGGUAACUACUACGUCUUCAACAUCGAUCUGGAGAAGGGAGGCGAGGGAACGCUGUACAAGCAAUACUCGCUCCUCGAACCGAACGAACUCACAUCAAGCAGCAUGCAGGAUUACGCCGAUUAGGUGUCGCGACGUACACUCAGUUACCUCUGACUCUGAGUCUAUGCUUGCUUUUUGCUCUUUUACGUUGUUUUUGCAUGGCCACCGGCGUUGACCAAACCACAUUAUUCCCCUGGGCUUGAGCAGCGUUUGCCUACUAUACUUCUCCAAUUGCAUCUCCGUGCGACGUUCCACCACCCCAAUUAAUGGAGCCGUAUCUUGCUUCUUCCUG